UGAGACGGAAACACGGAGUCGCUGCGGGAGCGAUGGAGCAGCUCGCAAAACUCCUCCUGUGGCAGAUAGUGCUUCAGCAAAGUUCUGUUCAUUUAUACUCAGUCCCAGCUGAUGCCUCCAACCCCCAGGACAGUGUUGUAGUGUCAGUGCUGAACAUCAGUGCUGCAGUGGGCUCUCAGGCUGUGCUGCCCUGCAAGAGCUACCGCAUGGUGUGGACCCAGGAUCGCCUCAACGACCGCCAGCGUGUGGUGCACUGGGAUGUAUACAGCAGCUACUAUGGGGACAAGAUGGAGAGGCUGUGUGACAUGUACUCUGCUGGAGCUCAGCGAGUCUACAGCUCCUACAACCAGGGGAGGAUAUUCAUGCCCCAGAAUGCAUUUACAGAUGGCAACUUCUCCUUGGUGAUCAAAGAUGUUGCAGAGAGUGAUGCAGGCACUUAUUCUUGUAACCUUCACCAUCACUACUGCCACUUAUAUGAAACUGUGAAAAUCCGCCUAGAUAUCACCAAGAAAGCUGAAGAUGCAAAUGAGUACUGGGAUGGGGAAAUGCCAGUGAUUGUUGCUCUGGAAGGCAGCACCGUGAUGCUGCCCUGUGUGAACCACAACCACAUCUGGACUGAGCGGCACAGCGAGGAGGAGCAGCAAGUGGUGCACUGGGACAGGCAGCCCCCGGGGGUUCCUCACGACCGGGCCGACCGCCUCAUUGAUCUCUAUGCGUCUGGGGAGCGCCGCUCCUAUGGGCCUCUCUUCAUCCGCCAGAAGAUGAACAUCACUGACACAGCCUUUGCCCUGGGUGACUUUUCCCUGCGGAUUUCAGAGCUGGAAAGCGCAGAUGAAGGCACUUACUCCUGCCACCUGCACCAUCACUACUGUGGCCUGCAUGAGCGCAGGAUCUACCAAGUCUUCGUGACCGAGCCGGUGAGAGAGAAGAAGGUGGUGAACCUCACAACUCACAACGUUGCCCCAGCCGUAGAUCCAAACGUUGUCAGGGGCCACAAUGUGAUAAAUGUCAUCAUUCCCGAGAGCCGGCUGCACUUCUUCCAGCAGCUGGGCUACAUCCUGGCAACUCUGCUGCUCUUCAUCAUCAUCCUCAUCAUUGUGGUGCUCAUCACCCGCAAGCGCCGGCAGAGAGGUUAUGAAUACAAUGUGAAGAAAUAUGGAGAGAAGGAUGUCAAUCUGAAAGAGUUUACAGUCGACACAACAGAUCUGACUCAAUACAGAAGUGAAGACAUCAGGCUGGAUUACAAAAACAACAUCCUGAAGGAGAAGGCUGAGCAAGCCAGAAGCUUCCCAGCAAAGAACAUUGAUUUAGACAAAGGUAAUAACGACUUGCUUCCCCCUAAUUGGUGGCUGCAGGAGCCUUCUGAUGGGUUGCAGGAGGGAAGAACACAGUUUAGCAGGGAGCUGACCAAGCCACAGCCCAAUGAGGAAUGAUAAACAUCAUGACAAAUGGCAGCAGGAAUGAGAAGCUAGUUGCCUUGCUAUGCUUUCAUCAUGGAGCCGCAAGAUGCAAGUGGUGAUUAGGCUGUUAAAGACUUCUGGCGUGGCACACAUGGAUUCUUUUCUUUAUUGGAAAAAGAAUGCCUGGCAGGGCUGGAAUAGUGCAUUCUGUAACCUCAGAGGGAGGUGUAGCUCAGAAAUGUCCUGGCAUGGUGUUUGGGAUGAAAACACUGUGCAGAAGAGAGUGUUUAGAGCUGAAGUAAUUUAUGGGUAAUGGGCAGGCACUUACUUCAUCCAACAAUAGCAAACAACUCUCCCUCUCGAGGGGCUGAAUCUCCUUUUGCUUAUCCAGUAUUAAUGCUGAGCAUUGUGCCUCAGUUUGUAGAGUCAUACUUAUGGCAAACAGUGCUUCUGAGUUGUUGUUGACUCCUUGUAUGAAUUUAGAAUGUAAUAAAUGAGACUGAAAUGCUAUCAAGAAGGGAAUGGUCUGGAGAAUCCAUGGAUUGCCUUAGACCCUAAUGGAGUUCUCGUGAUAUUUUUGCCUGUAUUUUGCAGAGGUGAUCUGUGCAAUAGUUUAUUCCCAGUAAAUCUCACUGUGGGCUUUCCAGAGAGGGUACUGGGGACAUGGUUGACUGCACAUGGUCACUUGUCACUGUGUGGCUGACUCCGUAUUACUGUGUGCUGCUCUGGAUGGUUUGAAGUCUCUCUCUCUCCAGUUACUGAC